AUGGGACAAAGAAACCAAACAACUGUGACAGAAUUCAUCCUAAUUGGAUUUUCCAAUUUUUCAGACCUUCAGAUUUUGCUGUUUGUCAUAUUUUCCAUGUCAUACAUGGCCACCCUCGCAGGAAAUAUAAUCAUCAUGACAAUCAUAAGGGUUAAUCAGAAUCUCCACAUCCCCAUGUAUUUCUUCCUGUCUUUUCUUUCCUUCUCAGAGACUUGCUACACAUUUGUUGUCAUUCCCAAUAUGCUGGUAAACUUGUUAAGGGAAAUUAAAACCAUUUCAUUCACUGGAUGUGCUACCCAGAUGUUUUUAUUCCUUGGUUUUGGAAUCACAAAUUGUAUGAUUCUUACAGCAAUGGGGUAUGAUCGCUACCUUGCAAUAUGCAAACCCCUGAACUACCAUGCUCUCAUGAGCCAAAGAGUCUGUACUCAGCUGGUAGCUUUUUCUGUAGUAACUGGUUUUGUUUUGUCCCUGGUGGAGACAUUUUUUAUUUUUAAAUUACUGUUCUGUGGAAUGAACAAGAUUAAUCACUUCUUUUGUGACAUGGCUCCAGUCAUUAAAAUGGCAUGCACAGAAAACAGCAGAAUAGAAAUAGUUAUUUUCAUCCUUUGCGUGUUGGUUGUAUUUGGCUCAUUUCUUUUAAUCCUUCUUUCUUACAUAUUGUUUUUUAAUACCAUCCUGAAAAUCCCCUCUGCAAAGGGGAAGCAUAAAGCUUUCUCCACCUGUGCUUCCCGCCUCAUUGUGUUGGUUGUGCACUUUGGCUGUGCUUCCAUUACCUACUUAAGGCCCAAAUCCACCUACUCCCUGGAUGAGGACACCCUGAUUUCUGUCAGUUACACAGUGGUGACUCCUUUAUUAAACCCAAUGGUUUACAGUCUGAGAAACAAGGACGUGCAAAUGGCCAUUCGCAAAGUCUUGGGCAAAACGCUUUAUCCAUUGAAUACAGAGAGCUCUUGA